UCCUCUCUUGAAAACAAGCAAAAAACAUACAUAUAUCUGUCGAUCAGCGUGACAGUGAGCUGAAGCAAAGACCUUAAAACAGAGUUGCAGAUGGCUGUCCUUUAAAUGACCACUAACAUUUGUAGUAGCAUUGUAAUAAGGGGCACAGUGGAGAGACAGAAUGAGAUAGACGGCUGAGUGCAGAGAUGAUGCAAAGAUGGGUCCUCGUGCCAUCCUCAGAGCUGAGCUGACAGGAGGCGGGCAGAAGAAAAUAAAAAUAAGUCUGCAAGGAAUAAAGAUCAAUGAGAGAGUGUGAGAACCAGUGGAUGAAAAGGAGAGAGAAAACUCAAGCUGAAAUGAAAGACGGCGACGGAGCGAAAGGGAAAGUGAGAGAGAGGAGGAGGAGACUGUGUGUGUGUGCAGGAGGUGAAAAAGAAGCGACUCAGUGAGCGCUGUGAUCAAGACAGAGUGACUGGAAACGCUGAGAUUUGACAGACAUGAUGAGCAGCAUCUGGUUAAUUAACUGUUGACUUGCUGUUUCUUUGCUGGUUGGAUUUUUUAUAUAUAUAAUUCAAAUCAUUCCAUAAAAUGUUGAAACCAAAUGGCACAAACAUCUCUCCUCACGGAUCUUGGAACACUUAAGUGUUAUCACGCCGCGUCAGCUUCUUUCUGCAAUGAGUCAUGAAUCAAUUGUCCUGAUUAUAUUGGAAUUUCCUGAGCUGUGAUCAUGGUCCCAGGAGGAUUUGUAUUUUAACGCUCUCGGACCAUGUGGAGAAGCAGAUGAGGACAGUUUCUGUUCUAGAAUAUGUUCUCAAGAAAUCGCUUUCAUGGACAACAUGGUGCCAGUGUUUCCCCUAAAGGAGGGACAAAGACCAAAAAAAGAGCUCCAAAUCCAAGGGUUGCACUGGUUAUUCGUGGGAAAAUACAUCGGCUCUUGCAGGGAUCUGCAGACCAUCAUGUGCCCGAUUCACAUCUUUACUAUCCAGGUGUUGAGGAGGAACAUGAUCAUACAAGACUCGAGCGUAGAAAAGAGCAAAGCGACAGCUAUGGAACUGAUGAUCAUAGAACUGAAGCAUUCUCACCAAAACUAUCCAAUGGUAAAAGUCAUGGGUUGCCUCCAGGACCACCAUGUAUUGGAGAGGUCGAGCUUAACAGGGAGGGGUGUAUAAAAAUACCCUGCACCUUGAAACACAAAAGUGGCAGAUCCUCUGGGAUUGUGAAAAGAAUCUCCUUUGAGAGUGGAAUUCCUGAAUCCCCUGAACAAAGACGAAGAACGCCCUCCUACAAUCCAGUAGCAUCAGACAUGAAUGGUACAAAAUUCAUUCGGGGAAUGGGAAGGGCGUUUGCUUCGCCUCGUGUCCGGCAAAGAAGACCUUAUUCGACUGGGGACUGCAUAGAUUUGAACUUUAAGACAACCCUGCCAAAUAUCUUGCUGGAAGAGGACGAGGAUGGGAAAGAAGAAGAGUCAAGCGCCAUCAUUGACCAUAUACUCAAGGAGCUAAGAGGAAUCAACAAAAUCCAGGAGGAAAUAUCGGACCUCAGGGAUUACCUUACAUCAGUCAGAGGGUCUGUUGAGGAAGUGUCGUCAUGUGUAGACGCCGUGCUGCUCGAGAUAGAAGGGAUUCGUUCUAAUAGUAAAGCAGCCUCAGAUUCAAACAUAGGUACGUGGUCAAGUGGAGAGGACAAAGAUGAACAAUAUGAGCGGAGGAGGCCUGCCAGUGCAUAUGGAAGUUUAGGCUGCGCAAUGCCCCUAUCCGAUUCUUCUCUGUUGCCUGAAGCCUGUAGUGACGGACACACUUUUCAGAGGGGUUUACCGUCACAGAGACCUGAGCAGUCCACAGUCAGUCCAAUUCCAGAAGUACUUGAUCAACAUGAUCUUGAUGACCAAGAUGAUACCUCAGACCACAGCUCAGAUAUACCAGUAAGUGCUCUUACUAGAAAGCCUAGCUUUGGCUACCUUGAGAGGCAGGAUGGCCACGACUGUCCUAGCACAAGCUCAUUGUCCUCCUGUCACAGUUCCAAGUCUGAGUCAGAUUCAGAGCGACCAUCAUCCAGUCAUGGCAAAAAAACCCAAAGACCCAGUGAUGAUAAGUGGACCAGCUGUGAUCAACCGCAACGUAGCAGUGGAGGAAUCUCAUGGAAAAAGGAGUAUGGAUAUGCAGAUGAGACUGUGCUUUGCUGUGAAGGGACAGGUAGUUGGGACCAGUACAGAGAUAGUGAAGAAUAUGAGCGACCAGAGCAUUGCUCCUCUGCCAGCUCAGCACAUCGCUCUGUGCGCUCGAGGCAACGUUACAACUCACCGGCAAGCAGUUUAAGGAAGGAGCAAUGGAAAUCACCAAGAUGCAGGCCUCACACCCAUCCGAGUAUCAGCACACCUGCAGAUAGAAGUUAUGACGGUUCGACCCUUCGGUGUGAAUAUUCCACUGAUUACUCAUAUCCCAAGAGUUCGGGUUACCAUUCAAUGGACAGACAAGAUGUAGGAUCCAAGAGAUUUUCUUAUGAGCAACAAAAUGUUCCAGACUACCGGGACCACCCAGUCGAUCCAUAUCAGGGAGCAUUUGAGCCACAGGAGGAGUCUUCGGCCGUGAUUUGGACUGAGGCGUCCCCCUGUGUUGCUGAUGAGGCAUACAGCCUUCAGACCAACGAGUAUAACCAAAGCGUAGACAGCCAGCUCCCAGCUAGUGAUGAUUUACAAGCUGGUUUUAAUGUCAAAAGCAUAAGUCGUGCUGUAUUUGACUUUAGCUCUGCUUUACGCGGGGCUUUGCGCAAGCUUGAAGUGCCGGCAUCUCAAAAUCCAGAGGAACAAACCGACUAUGAUAUUUCAAUGCCUUCUGAUUCGCAUACAGACGUUGGUUUGGACUGUGAGGCCCAGUUUUUAAAAGCAGCAUCCCUCAGUGAAGUUUGUCUUAGCAAAACCAGUACCCUUGACAGGACUUUACCAGAUGAAGAAGCUCCACUAACAUCGGAGCCUGCAGACUCAAAGCAAAUUCCGAUGAGCGCAGAUGAUACUCAGCUAUGCCCACAGGACAUUUCAAUAAGUUGUGGCACCAGGUCUGUUGCGCCUCCGCCUGAUCCCCUCACUGCGCAGCCUGUGGAUGUUUGUGAAGACUGGCUUUCAGAACAAAACAACAAAACUCUGUUAUCUCAGUGCACCACCACAGAAUCGUUGUCGCUUAUAGUUGACGGACCUAUGGAAUCACAGGCGCUUCAAGAUGGUCAGGCACCUGGUGAACCUGCCGUGGAUCUUGCUGUUGCUCCAGAGAGUAAAGGUGAAGUGGAAGCUUCUGAAUCAGAUUUUAGCCAGCUGGACGAGCGCAAGCUUAAGUGCCUGAGGAGCUUCCAGCAGAUCUUACGGGAAAAGCGAGAAUCACGGCGCAAUCUCAGCAGUGUCACUAUGUACACCUUCUCCCAGGAUGAGACUGAACCAGGUAUAAAAUCCUACUGAAUCUGUUAAACCCUAUCCCUAAAUUGAUGCCAUUUUAAUUUGAGCCGUGGUUUACCCACACCUUUUUGUUCCCUAAUAAAAACUGACUUUCAUUAUCUCGAUUUACUGAUAAGAUUUUACAGUAUGUGACCAUUACCUCUCAAUUGUAGACACCUUGCCGCGAGAGAGUCGCUGCCACAUUUUCCUCAUCAUAAAUGUUUCAAUAACC